CGCGGCGUCCCGGGGCGUCCAGCACGUCCUUCUGCAGAGCUCCGCGUUAUGGGUUUUCUGGUUGGCUACUCGCCUGGCCGGCACUUUUUGAUUGGCCGGUGUGCCUACGUUCCCCGCCCCCCCCCCCGCCCCCCCGCCGGAGCCUCUCGGCUGGCGGGUUCCGCAUCAAUCCCGCUCUGAGCCGCGGCAGAGGCGGCAGAGGCGUGGCUGGGGUUGGCGCCCAGCCGCGUGAACACCUGCACCCACCCACUCCCAACAGCCCAGAUCCAAUGCCGCAAUUAGCGGGGACCGAAAGAGGGGUGGCGGUUGGCGGGGGGGUGGACCGAGGAAGUGCCUGUGAGGUGCUCUGAGCUGGGGCGGGAGCGAAGAGAAGCCAGAGUCAGCAUCUGCCAGAAGGAGCCCCUCUGACAAACCCAGACACAGAUUCCUUUAGUAUUUGUGCAUUCAUUCAACACUUUAUAGCGUCUACAGCAUACUAGAACGAAGUCUGGGCAUCUGGGGUGGAGGAGGACUGGUAGAGGGAGAGGACAUGUGAGCGAGGGAACAAACUCAGAAUAUGCGAUCCUUUCGUUGAACAUUUUUUUUCAACACUUAUCAACGCCUACUGUAUACUAACAAUAGCGCUGGACAAGAGGAGUCAGAACAGCACGUGUCUCCACAGUGAAGGGAACAAACCCAGACACUAAAGCUGUUGGCAUUUGCUCAGUGUUGCACUAAUUAGAAUUUACUGAAUGCUGAGCCCCUGGUGAUGAGGCAAAUCAUAAGAAUCAUCAUAAUUAUGGUAUUAGCUAAUACUUAUAGAGUGCUUGCCGUGUGCCUGGUAGUGUUUUAGGUUGCACAGCAUGAAUUCAUUUACUCCACAACAAGCCUAUGAGGGUCACUAUUAUCAUUAUUCCCAUUUACAAAGGCACAGAAAGGUAGCAGGCUGGACAUUUGAAGCACGAUGUGUGCUAUGAGUGGAGGGAUGCCUCUAUGGAAGGGUUCAGAUGGGAGAUGCGUGACACCUGGAUUCUGUCAGGGUGCUCACUCCUCUGGGUCGGUUUCCCCCCAUAAAAUAGGUCAGUUGAUGGGUUGAAAUAAAGACAAAGUUGAAUUUUUGGUCAUCUUGGGAAGAAUGAGCUGAAGGGAGUGAUUCUGGUUGCUUACUACAGGGUAUGAGAGGUAUGUGUCUACAAGAGAGUGGAACUUUGCACAUCAUGAGACACAUAUCUUUGUGUAUGUGUGAUAUGCAGACCUAUGGGCCUGUGCAAGAAUUAAGGAUGUAUUGAGUGUAUGUGGAGUGCAUGUAAAGUUACAACCAUGUGUGCGCCAUAACAGUCUGAGUUAUAGGUGUGUGUGUGUGUGUGUUUGUGUGCACGUGCACACAUGUACAUGUGCAUUAAGAUGUCGUGGAUAAUACAUGUGUGUGAGUUUUAAACAUGGGUACAAUACUGAUUACAAACAUAUGUCAGGGGUGUGUGUUUCAGAGUCAUUGCUCACUAAUGCACAACAAAGAAAAUCAUUCCUGGAGCCCCUUCUAUUCGUUCAUUCCUGCUGGAGACGAUGGAGACAGUGCAGAGGAGGCUUACCUCUGCCUCAGGGAGUUGAGACACUCCUGAGGGGAAUCCUCAUUCUUCUGCUAAACAACCUCCAAAAUAUUAAUUUCUGGAAACCGAGCCACCUGGAGAAAGGGACUGAUGCUGGGGGCCAUGAGUACUAGAAACGUGGGAAUGGGGGCCCUGGGAAGAGGCAUUCUGGAGACAGAUUCCUAAGGAGCCCAACUUCUGACUCCCAGAGGAGCCAGAGAGGUCUGUUGACUUGCAGCUGCUCCUAUCCCCUAGAGAGGGCACCAUGGGUCCAACACAGCUUGUUUACUUCAGUUACUGAGCAAAAAACUGAGAAGCACAUACUUCUAAAUGUUGGAAAAUACAUGAUUCAUGGGAGCUCCCCAUCUGGGCAACACUGGGAUAUGGAAUGCCGGAGAGAGCAUCCAGGAAGGAGAGGGAAGGAAUGGCCAAAGCGAAGGCCUGGAGGUGGGACUGAAGCUGCCUGGCAUGGAGGAGGGAGUAGAGAAUGGUUUGGAAGUAUUGAACUUGAGGACUGGGGAGGCUAGGGUAAGAGGGGAUGGAAUCUGAGUCCUGGGGAAGGGGACUUCCUGGAGACCUUAGCCAAAGAUGAUCCUUGAGAGAGAGAGGUAAAGGACAUUCCUGGCAGAAGUCACAGCACAUGCGAAAAUAUAAAGGUUGUCUCCUCCCCCCACCAGCCCCCCACACCCUUAGAGAUGGGUCAGGUGAUCAUCUUGAUAGAUGAGGAAACCAAGUCUCAGCAGGGUUAAGUCACUUUCCCGGGGGUAUGGUGGAGGUCUAUUUUGAACUUCAAGCACUCUGACUCUAGACUCCACACCUUUACUACCUUGUUUAAACGGACCAAGGAUUUAAAGAAUAAAGAAUGAACAAAUGAAUAAGUGGAUGAUUCACCUGAAAAUCCUGCAAGCAGAAGAGACUCCAAAUCUGCCUAUUUCUUACCGUAUCUUCUUCUACCUCACUUGGUCCACCAUCAUCACUCACUAUGGCCCACAAGGACCUGCUCAGUCUGGUCCCUGCUAACCACUCUGACCCCAUCUCCUGCCACAAACCCCCCUUGCUCACUUUGUUUCAGCCACACUGGUACCUCUUUCUAGCACAUUCUUUUUUUAAAAAAAACGAAUGGAUCACAAAGUGAACAUGGCCUUUUGGGAAUGAAUUGGAGGUCUUGGAUUCCUUCAUCUGUAAAAUGGGUAUGUUUCCCACCCCAUAGUAUUGUUGUAAGGGUUGGAUGAAACAAUACACCUAAACAGCUUACUUGGGUGCUGCCAACAAAUGAUUGUUUUUAAAUGGAUUCAUGCUUUCAUUGUAGUCAGGAUCUUACAGGAGCUGACGGGAUGGCUUCCACAGCCCCCCUCUGCCUGGACUAUAAAGGUAAUUUGCUCAUGUGGCAAACAUUAUUUGGCACCUGCUGUGUGCAUACCCUAGGAUGGGUCUGCCUCUGUCUGUGGAAAGUUCUCCGGUGCAGGGGAGUCAGCCAUGGGCACUGAUAUCAGGUGGUUAUGGUGGGUUUUGGCUUAUCCAGGGCAGAGCGAUGGGGGCAUACAGACUGAGUGUGUGUGUAGGGCCCCGGGGGGUGGGGGACAGAGAUGGACACACAUCAGGUCUGGAGCUUCAGGGAAUGGGUCUGUGUGGCAGAUCUAGGUUUAUCAUGAUCGUCUGUGGGUAUGUGAUUUGUCUGGGUGUGCAUGUUCGUGUGAGUUUCCUUGGGUCUCUGUGUGUAGGUGUGGUGCCUGUGUGUGUGUGUGUGUGUGUGUAGGCAUAUAUGCAUGCAUGCCCAUGUGUGUUACCCCGGGCUUGUGUAUGUCUGUAUAGAUACCUAGAUCGGAGUGUUCUCCGUCUGUACGUGCCUCCAUGUGUUUCUUUACUUUUGUGUGUGUCUAUAUGUAUCUCCACGUGUGUGUCAUUCCUGUGUGCCUCCAGGCCCCAGCAACCCAGGGCAAGCGUGUGUACCGCGCCCAAGUGUCCAAGUUUGCCUGUCUGAUGCUGUCUAUGCCACCCCAGCACCCUCUCUCUGCCUAGCUGAGCCCAUAUGGAUAUAGGAAAUUGAUCUCCCCUCACAGGGUACUGCUUGUGACCCCCAUCUGUCGCGGUGAGGAGGUUAUUUCUCUACUUUUGAGUCUCUGCGUGUGCCUCCACUCCCCCCCUCCACCCCCCCUCAUGCCUUCUGUGGUGAAUAUCAACACUGGAAACUGAGUAUCUGCAGAGAAUCCUGCGUGUGGGUGCGACCGGGUGUGAAGACCAGAAUGAGGCGGGGUGGGGGUCUUGCCUGACCACUCACCCCGACCCUCCCGACAAGUAUCUACCCCGCCCCCACUCCCCAAAUUGCGCAUCCCCAAUCGGACGAGGGGGAGGGGAAACAGGAUGCGGCGUGGCGCGUGCGCACUGCCGCCUUCAGCACCACGGACAGCUCCUUCGCCCCCGCCUACCGGCGCGUGCCACCACCUCCCCAGCACUGAAGGCGCGCUGACGUCACUCGCCGUUCCUCCCCAAACUCCCCUUCCCGGUCGCCUUGGUCGCGUCCGCGCCGCCGCCGGCCCAGCUGGACAGCACCACGAAGGGCGCGAGAUAGGGGGGUACGGGCGCGACCAUCCGCGCUGCGGCGGCGGCGACUCAGCGCUGCCUCAGUCUGCAGCGGGCAACCGAAGAGUCGCGUCGUGCCCGAGAGCGCAGCAGUGCUCCUGGGCCCCGCGCGGUCCGCCCCCGCGGCUCCUGACCCGACUGCUCCUAGGACCCCCUGCCCCGCGCCGCAGCCAUGAACUACCUGCGGCGCCGCCUGUCGGACAGCAACUUCAUGGCCAAUCUGCCAAAUGGGUACAUGACAGACCUGCAGCGCCCGCAGCCACCCCCGCCGCCGCCUGCUGCCCCCAGCCCCGGAGCCACGCCCGGUCCCACGACUGCCACUGCCGAGAGGGCCUCCGCGUCCGCCCCUGUGGCCUCUCCGGCUGCCCCUAGUCCCGGGUCUUCGGGGGGUGGUGGCUUCUUCUCGUCGCUGUCCAACGCGGUCAAGCAGACCACGGCGGCCGCGGCGGCCACCUUCAGCGAGCAGGUGGGCGGCGGCUCUGGGGGCGCAGGUCGUGGGGGCGCUGCCGCCAGGGUGCUGCUGGUCAUCGACGAGCCCCACACCGACUGGGCAAAAUACUUCAAAGGGAAAAAGAUCCAUGGAGAAAUUGACAUUAAAGUAGAACAGGCUGAAUUCUCUGAUCUCAACCUCGUGGCUCACGCCAAUGGUGGAUUCUCUGUGGACAUGGAAGUUCUUCGGAAUGGGGUGAAGGUCGUGCGGUCUCUGAAGCCAGACUUUGUGCUGAUCCGCCAGCACGCCUUCAGCAUGGCACGGAACGGGGACUACCGCAGUUUGGUCAUUGGGCUGCAGUAUGCUGGGAUACCCAGCGUCAACUCUUUGCAUUCUGUCUACAACUUCUGUGACAAGCCCUGGGUGUUCGCCCAGAUGGUUCGACUGCACAAGAAACUGGGGACCGAGGAAUUCCCUCUUAUCGAUCAGACCUUCUACCCCAAUCACAAAGAGAUGCUCAGCAGCACGACGUACCCUGUGGUGGUGAAGAUGGGGCAUGCGCACUCCGGGAUGGGCAAGGUCAAGGUGGACAACCAGCACGACUUCCAGGACAUCGCGAGUGUCGUGGCACUGACCAAGACGUACGCCACCGCCGAGCCCUUCAUCGAUGCCAAAUAUGACGUGCGUGUCCAGAAGAUUGGGCAGAACUACAAAGCCUACAUGAGGACGUCAGUGUCGGGAAACUGGAAGACCAACACCGGCUCUGCGAUGCUCGAGCAGAUCGCCAUGUCUGACAGGUGGGGGUGGCCCGGGGCCCAGCCGGAUCGGAGGUGGGGGUGGCGGGGAGCGUGGCGCGCCCCAAGCCAAGCACUGACAGGCUGCCUGCCCCCCACCCCCGUCUUGGCAGGUACAAGCUGUGGGUGGAUACCUGCUCAGAGAUUUUUGGGGGACUGGACAUCUGCGCGGUGGAGGCGCUGCACGGCAAGGACGGAAGGGAUCACAUCAUUGAGGUGGUGGGCUCCUCCAUGCCGCUCAUCGGGGACCACCAAGAUGAAGACAAGCAGCUCAUCGUGGAGCUUGUGGUCAACAAGAUGGCCCAGGCCCUGCCCAGGCAGCGGCAGCGGGAGGCCUCCCCCGGCCGGGGCUCCCACAGCCAGACUCCGUCCCCAGGGGCCCUGCCCUUGGGCCGCCAGACCUCCCAGCAGCCCUCGGGGCCUCCGGCUCAGCAACGACCCCCACCCCAGGGUGGCCCUCCACAGCCGGGCCCAGGCCCCCAACGCCAGGGACCCCCGUUGCAGCAGCGCCCACCCCCGCAGGGCCAGCAGCACCUUUCGGGCCUUGGACCCCCAGCUGGCAGUCCCCUGCCCCAGCGCCUACCAAGUCCCACAUCAGCGCCCCAGCAGCCUGUGUCCCAGGCCCCACCGCUGGCCCAGGGUCAAGGCCGCCAAUCCCGGCCGGUGGCGGGAGGACCUGGGGCACCUCCAGCAGCCCGCCCACCCGCCUCCCCAUCUCCCCAGCGCCAGGCGGGCCCCCCACAGGCUACCCGGCAGACAUCCGUCUCCGGUCAGGCUCCGCCAAAGGUCUCGGGGGCCCCACCGGGUGGUCAGCAGCGCCAGGGCCCACCCCAGAAACCCCCGGGCCCUGCUGGCCCCACCCGCCAGGCCAGCCAGGCGGGUCCCAUGCCCCGCACUGGGCCACCCACCACGCAGCAGCCGCGGCCCAGUGGCCCAGGACCUGCUGGACGGCCCACCAAGCCUCAGCUGGCCCAGAAACCCAGCCAGGACGUGCCGCCACCCGCCACUGCCGGGGGACCCCCGCACCCCCAGCUCAAAGCCAGCCCCGCCCAGGCCCAGCCUUAGCCAGGACGAGGUGAAAGCUGAGACCAUCCGCAGCCUGAGGAAGUCCUUCGCCAGCCUCUUCUCCGACUGACACCCCACCCUGAGAACCCUUAAUUCCUCCUGGGCAACCCCCCUCUGGGCCCUGAAUCCAUUUCUCACUUCUGGAGUCUCCAAAUCCCUUGAGAAGCCCUCUCCUGGUCCGCCAAGAUCCCUCUUCUCACUCCGCAGAAUGCCCAAGUCCCUGGGGAACCCCUCACUCCUGCUCCUAACACCAGUUCUCACUUUUGGAAGCCCCAAGUCCUUUCAAAAGCCCACUCCCGGCCACCUCAAGACGUACUUUUCAGUUUUAGAACCUCCAAACUCCCAAAGACCUCUACUCCCGGCCGCCCCCGCCCCCCGGAGUGCA